AUGCUUGAAGAAAUAACCAAUGGCACCGCAGAGCCCAUGUUCUACGUCUUUGCUUUCUCCACAUCUGAAACUGAAAGGAUAACAAUUGUAACAGCAGUUUUGCUGAUUUAUCUUCUUAUUCUUAGUGGGAACCUCCUCAUCAUUUCAUUGAUAUGUCUUGAGCCCCAGCUACACACGUCCAUGUACUUCUUCCUGUGUAAUCUGUCCACGUUGGACAUCUUGUAUGUGUCCACAACACUCCCUAAGCUGAUCUACAUAUCUCACACCGGUGACCAUGUUAUGUCAUAUACUGGUUGUUUAGCUCAGUUAUAUUUGUAUCUAUUAUUUUCUGAUACAGAGUGCUUUCUGCUGACAGCCAUGGCCAUUGACCGCUAUGUAGCAAUUUGCUUUCCUUUACAUUACUCUCUCAUAAUGAGUAAACAGGUUUGUGUGUUACUGGCAUUUCCUGCAUGGUUUAUGGCCUCUGUCAAUGCCUCCCUUGCCAUCUGUUAUGCUCAUAACUUGACAUUCUAUGGUUUAGUAGAAGUCAAAAACUUAUUCUGUGACAUUAAAGGCCUGCUUAGUGCUUCCAUUAGUGACACUACUUCUUUGAGGACAUUUAUUACUGUGGAUGCAAUGUUUGUUGGGGUUUUUCCCUCUUGUUUGAUCUUGGCUUCCUAUGUCUGUAUCAUUCACACUGUCUUAAAAAUUAAGUCUUCCCAUGGAAGAUGGAAGACGUUCUCAAGCUGCUCUUCCCAUAUAACAAUAGUGGUUGUGUACUUUGGUUCUGCCUUAUCAUUGUACUUGACAAAUUCACUAGAACAAGAUCUUGUCCUCUCAAUGAUGUUUGUUACUUUGGUCCCGAUGUUAAACCCUCUAGUAUACAGCUUGAGGAAUAAAGACAUCAUAAGAACGCUUAAACAAAUAAUACAAAAAAAACCAUGCCCAUUAUAA